GCUAAUAUCAUCUUGUGAAUUUUUCAAUAGAUAGGCUUGAUUCUCCUUUUUUUGUCGAUUAGGUUUUAGGACAGAUUAAUACACAAUCCUUGAUAUUUCUCCUCAGCUCUUCCUAUUCACUGGAUACAAGUCAUUUUGUUUCAGAUCUGCAUUUGAACACUCAAGCAGAAACCCUGAGACCUAUCGAGGUCAAUCAUGUGAGGAAGGAUUUGCACCUUUAAGGGCUCUGUGCCAGAUCUCCCACACAAGGCGGUCCACUGGAAUGCACUUCCACUCAUGCACAUAACGUCUGUUGACAACAUACCUGACCUCCUGCAGGAGCACUGGUGCUUUCUUCCCUUUAUAUCCCUGAGAACUGGCUAAGAGGAGUUAACAUGAAGCCUAAAUCUCUCCCAUCACGGUUGUUUAACAGAAACUCAGCUGCAGCAUCAGGUGAGGCUCUGAGCGUAGGAGCCGCACGCAAGUACCAGCGACAUGUGGACUGCGCGGAGGACUCUUCCUCCACAGACAGCGAGUCGGUGGCAGACAACAGCAGACAACACGAGAGUAGCCACAGAGAAAUACACUUCGCUUUUCUGCCGGAGAGGUACGAGCCGCUGACGGAUGAUGAAGCGAGGGAAGCAAAGAAGAAGAGAAAGAAGCAAAAGUACAAAAAGGUCAAGAAGAACAUUGGCAAAGCUCUGCGCUCCACCUGGAAAUGUAUGAUGCUUGGUCUCUACAACUUUGCUCUGGGUUACUCCACCCCGAUCACUGUGGCUGCUACUUUUGUCCCUGACUUUCACAGAGGGAGGAGCUGAGCUGAUGCACCUGGAUCUCGUCCGGUUUUAUUUUUGUAUUUUUAAAGCUAUUGUGUAUAUAACUUUUGAUGUUGAUAAUAUUUGUGUAUUUGAAAUUGUAUUUGAAGUUUUAAUCAAAGAAUAAUACAUUUUCUGAAAUUAUUUCUUGUGAUAUAUUAAAACAUGGCUGUACUUGCAAAUUUUUGUUACUGAAAAACCUGUUGUUGGUCAUAAUGUGUUGCAUGAUAUCUGGUAUAGUACAGCUACACUUUUUAACCAUAUCUGUAUUAAAAAAUUUUUUUUUGAGUUCAUAGAUUUUAGAGACAAAGGUGUAAAUUUCUCUCUGCAUAGACCUAAUGCUCUUUAUAAACCCUGAUUUAAAAAUUUGCCGUCCCAUUCCCGUCUCAAGAAGCGGUAUUGACAGUAAUAGUAUAUAUGUGAGCGGACAUAUUGUAUAUCUAAGCAGUCUAGUUUUAUUCAUAAUCCACAAUAGCUGCCACCGUUAUCCACAAUGUGGCCGCAGCAGUGAUGAAGCACAAGAAACAAGUCAAGUCAGUCAAAUAUAUUGAUGAGACAUUAAACUGGUCUGUGAUACAUGCGUUUUGCACCUUCCUAUAUAAGUGCAUUUGGAAUUUUUAUAAUGUGCCCUUAAAGGGAUGGUUAACAGACAAAUGAUCCAAAGGGAAUAUCUCUUUUCUCAACCUGCUGUGAAUUGCUGCGAUAUGAACAACAGACUAACAAGAGGAGAUGUUUUUUUCAUUGGUAUUAUUACCGUAUGCACAAGCUGAAGCUUUAAAUUGAAAUGAUAUUCCCAAAUCAUCUCAGCCGGUAGUUAUAUCACCUUUUAUAUUUGCAUUCAUGUAUCUGAAUGUCACAAAUAACACAUUAAAGAUUGUGGAUGUGUAACAAAGUA